AUGAUUGAAAACUGCGCUGGCCACCCCGAGGCCCUCAAGGUUGCAAACAAAAAUGUCGAGGUGAACUUUCUGCCCGAGAAGACAUCAUCAUUGCUCCAACCAUUUGACCAGGGAGUCAUUGCUGUCUUCAAGGCCAAGUACAUGACCCAGCCUUGGACAACGAUACACUGGAUGGUGCUGAAGGUGGUGAAUGGCUUUGCUGGCUUCUCCACAAUCGACCAGGAUGUGCACCACAUCAUCCAGCUUACCCGUCAAGUGGGAGGUGAGGGGUUCAACAAUCCUCAGGAGGAAGAGGUGCAAGAGGAGUUCCUGGGUCAUGAUGAGGAAGAGCUGGCCAAGCUUGCCGAGAAGCAGAGUCGUGAGGAUGAGGAGGAGGAAGAAGGUGAAGUGGAGGAGGUACUCACCUUAACCUUCACGAACCUCAAUAAGGGCUUGCUGUCUUGUAGGGCAGCCGUGGACUAUUUUUUUUUUUACAUUGAUCCCUCUAUCGAGAGAUCUUUCAACUUCAAGAGAGGGAUGGAGAAGCUCGUGGCUCCUUAUAAGGAAAUACUAAAGGAACUCAAGCGGCAGGCUGCCCAACCUCCAAUCUCCAUGUUCUUCUUGCCUUCGUCCACUCAAAGCCCUACACCUACACUUGCAAGAAAGCCUCAGCCUCCUGUUCAUGUUCCUCCUCCUCCUGACUCUGACUCCAAUAUGGAUGACCCUCCUCCUGCCACUCCUAGCUCUCCUCUGCCUCUUCUUCCAAAGCAGAUCACACUAGAUAAAAUAAGUGUGGCUAUUCUAGUUGUCAUAGCCCAAUUUAAGAUGCACCUUUAUGAUGGCAUAGUCAUGAACUAA